GCCCCCCCCGGGAUCUGCCCCCCCAUCCCGGGAUCUGCCCCCCCAUCGCUUGCCGUGACUCUCCCCCAUCUCAGGCCUCUCCACCCCGGAGCAGUCCCACCCUCUCUCGGGGAGCCCAUCCUCACGCCUCCGUUCCCCUCCCACCCCGGGUGGUCCAGGUUCAUCGUCCUGCUGGGGCUCCCAGCCCCGCUCGCCAUGGCGUCCUCUGCAGCUGCAGGGUCCAACUGGGGCCUGAUCAUGAACAUUGUGAAUAGCAUCGUGGGGGUGAGCGUGCUUACCAUGCCCUUCUGCUUCAAACAGUGUGGCAUUGUCCUGGGAGCCGUGCUGCUGAUUUUCUGUUCCUGGAUGACUCAUCAGUCCUGUAUGUUCCUGGUGAAAUCGGCCAAUCUUAGCAAGCGCAGGACUUAUGCAGGACUUGCAUUUCAUGCCUAUGGAAAAGCGGGGAAAAUGCUGGUGGAGACCAGCAUGAUUGGGCUGAUGUUGGGAACCUGCAUUGCUUUCUACGUUGUGAUUGGUGACUUGGGAUCAAACUUCUUCGCCCGGUUGCUUGGACUACAGGUAACCGGCAGCUUCCGGAUUAUCCUGCUGUUUGCUGUCUCCCUAUGCAUCGUCCUUCCGUUGAGUCUCCAGAGGAACAUGAUGGCUUCCAUACAGUCAUUCAGUGCUAUGGCGCUGAUUUUUUACACUGUGUUUAUGUUUGUGAUUGUGCUCUCGUCUUUCAAACAUGGCCUCUUUGGUGGGCAGUGGCUGAAGCGGGUCAGUUACACGCGCUGGGAGGGCAUUUUUCGCUGCAUUCCUAUCUUCGGCAUGUCUUUUGCCUGUCAGUCCCAGGUCUUGCCGACCUAUGAUAGCCUGGAUGAACCGUCCGUUAAAAUAAUGAGCUCCAUAUUUGCCUCCUCUCUGAAUGUGGUCACCACCUUCUAUGUUACGGUGGGAUUCUUUGGUUACGUGAGCUACACUGAAGCCAUCGCUGGGAAUGUGCUCAUGAACUUCCCCUCCAACCUGGUGACGGAGAUGAUUCGUGUGGGAUUCAUGAUGUCUGUAGCUGUUGGGUUCCCGAUGAUGAUUCUGCCAUGCAGACAGGCGUUGAACACCCUUCUCUUUGAGCAGCAGCAAAAAGAUGGCACCUUUGCUGCAGGGGGUUACAUGCCACCCCUUCGAUUUAAAGCCCUCACGCUGGCAGUGGUGUUUGGAACCAUGGUUGGCGGCAUCAUGAUCCCAAAUGUGGAGACUGUCUUGGGCCUAACAGGUGCUACAAUGGGAAGCCUCAUCUGUUUUAUCUGCCCAGCUCUUAUUUACAAGAAAAUCCACAAGAAUGCCCUUUGCUCACAGCUCAUCUUGGGGAUUGGCCUGGGAAUCCUCGUUAUUAGCACCUAUACCACCUUAUCGGUGACGGAGGACGUGCCAAUGAAAGCGGAAGCAGUGGACCUGUCAGAUCAGCUGAAAGAAGCCAAGAAUGUAAUUGACCAAGAUUCUGUCAAAAUAUCAGUCCAGGACCCAGUUGUGGAAGGUGCGGAAGACAGCCGCGAGAAACCAAAGCUGCCAAAUGAGAAGGAAGAGAUGGAACAGCCGCAGAUCAAGGUGCCCAUGGACGUGCCCAAGAGAGACGAAGUGAAGGCCGAGCAGGAGGACGAAGUGCAGCUCGACCGGCCUGACCAGGGGAUCGCUUUACCUGUGGGAGAAGCCCAUCGCCAUGAGCCGCCUGUCCCACAUGACGCAGUUGUUGUAGAUGAGGGGCAGGACCGUGAAGAAUCAGAGGAGAACAAGCCUCCACCUGAAGAAGCCAAUGCAAAUCGGCUCAAGCCGGCCCUGGAGAAGGCUGCACAGCUGGAUCCCAAGAGAGAGGAGCCCAACCUGGAACCAGGAAAGGAAGAUGGGGCCCACAACCAGCUCCAGAGAGAGUUUGACAGUCCCCUCGAGGACCUGAAGAAUGCCCCAGAGGUGCGACGAGAUGGCCGACCGCUGUACAAAGAUCUGGAGCCAGGCAAGCAGAUGGUCGAGCCGAGGUCACUGGCUGUCCUCCCUGGGGGCGAGAAGAGAGCUGAGGCAAAUCUCCAGCAGCCUGGGAACAUUGCAGAAGCUGUGAAGUCUGUAGAGAAGGAAAUUGACCCUGGUAAGAAGCAGGAGCUGCUCCCGCCAGACAGGCUGGAUCCAAUGCAGGCGCAGCAACCAGAGCAGAGAGAGAUCCGAAAUGCUGAGGACAAGCUGCAGGAGGACACAGACGGCAAGCUGGAGGAAGCUGGGAAGACAAAGGUGCUUGAUCAUGCCGUCCUGCUGCAAGUGAUUAAAGAACAGCAGGUGCAGCAAAAGCAGCUACUAGACCAGCAGGCGAAACUGCUCGCUGUGAUUGAAGAGCAGCAUAAGGAAAUGCAUCAGCAGAGGCAGGAGGAGGGAGGUGAUGAGAAGCCAAAGCAAGCAGAAAUACCACAGGAGCCUGGUCUGCCUCUUGCAAAGAACAAAGAGGAAGAGGAACGAGAUGAUAAAGCAGAUGUUGCUGCAAAGCACCUCCCUAAGGAGAUAUUGGAGCCUCCUCAGCCAGGGCCUGGCAAUCGGCCUGGUAACUUAGUAGAGCGACACCAAGGGAAUGUGGAUGAUCUGGAAGAGGCUGGGCACAGACCUAGAAUGAAGUUUCCAGUUCAAGUCAGUGUAGCUGGGCCUAAAAUUCCUGAGGCUCUUCCUAAGGGUGGGAAGGUCCCACAACACAAGGCGAACAAAGUUAAAAACUCUCUAGAGAACUUAGGGGAUCCACUUCACAGCGAUGAGUCACAACAUGCCGAUGAUGUCGGACAUGCAGUCCAGGCAGCAGGAAACCAUCCAGAGAAGCCCGCAGCCAAGGAAUUGGGGGAAGGCCAUGAAGCCAAAGCUGUGGGAGAUGGCCAGGAGAAGAAGAGUGCACUGGAAGCUGGAGAGGUGGUGGCAGGAGCAGUUGCUGAUACCCAGAGAGAGCUGCCAAGGGCUGUCAAAGCUCAUGAGGCAGCAGGGAAGGGUCCAGAACGAGUCUUUGGUGUGGACUCUAAAGCCAAACUAGCAAAUAAAGAGGAGCCCAAAGAUCUGAAACUUCCAUUGGACUCUUCAAAUAAACUGCAAGUGGUGGAGAACGUGCAGCAUAAACAGGAGCAUCCGGGAACUGGAAAUGAUGACCAGGCCGAUGGAGCUGGCAGCAAACAGCAGCAGGUCGAUCAGGCUGGCAAAGUGGAGGCUAAGAAAGAAGUUCUCCGGGGAAAGGCAGUGGAUGUGGAGCAGGAUCCUCAGGGAAGCCACUUGAACAAGCAAAAGGUCCUGGAUGAAAAACUUCUCAAAGAUCCUGCUGAGAAGAAUGCCUUUGAGAACGACGUUGCCUUAAAGCGCGAGAAGGGAGCAGCCCACCCUGUGGAUCAGAAACCAGACCAGGAGAAUGUCAAACCAAACCGGGACCUGAAACUGCAGGCUGACUUGGACCUCCGGAGAAGGAGACGGGACCUGCCGCCUCACCUGGAGGAGGAGACUGUGGCGAGGGAAGGCGUCAUCAUUGGUCUCAAUCCCCUUCCAGAUGUGAAAGUGAACGACCUCCGCAGCGCCCUGGAGACGCGAUUAAACCAGGCAGUGGAAGGCGUCCAGCAGGUGGUUCACAGUCGGCAGAUCAAACAAAUGGCAGAGGAGGAGGUGUGAGGAGACCUGGCCUUGCUGUAUUGGUGGUGAAGCCGUUAUCAUUCCUAACGUUUGCGGUAUCCAACGUUCAGUUUAGCAAGCAACCAUUUGGACUCCAGUUGCAUACGCAACUGCUGACACUCUAACCCAGCAGCACUUCACUUGGACUGGGCCCCAACAGUCCUUGGGCUGAUUCUGACCUCAGACUACUCUCUCCAUGGAAUUGGGGGCUGCCAUGGCCCAUCCAUUUACUUCAGUGUUAACGUCCUGCCCGUGUUUGUCAUUGGGGUGAUUGGAGAGUCAGUGACCCAGAAAGAGAAGCUCUGACUGCCCUCUGGCUUUUGAAGAUCCUCCCCAUUCCCAAAGGAUCUGUUCUGUUUGGUUCAUGUUGAAUUGCCUUGUCCGUCCUGCCCCAAUUUCCCCAUUCAGUAUCGAGGCACGUCCCCAGGCUGCUCAAACCGUCUCCUUGUAAAUGUUUCUCCAGUAAGUGCAUUGAGUUGCUUAGUCCAACGUAUCUGGGCUUCAAGAGGGGGAGCUCUCGCCAUGGCUCCACUUCUCCUGCAAUGUUGCAGUCUGUUGAAAAUACGUCCGCUAGGACUGGGUUAGCCAAUUGUUGGGGUACGUUUUUCUCAAUGGGAAGCCAUUCUGUCAGCCUUACGUGGUUGGGUUGAAGUUUGUGCUAGGAAUAUCAGUGUAGUUAAUGUAAGAUGCUGCCUUAAACAGGCACAACGGCUACUGUUGUGCUGUGUCUUCUUCCCAGGGAUCAUUCAGUUGGCCACAUACUAGCAAUAAUGAAGAGCUUUGCCUUCUUCUCUUCCUUGGAUGUUACAUUUCAGAUUGUGCUUUUAACUACAGGAUUAUUCCCACCCAAAGUGCAUUAAGGGGCUUGUGCUGGGAACUGCAGACUCCCUGCUUCCCCUCUCAAAACAGCUUGAGAAUUGCGGCAAGUAGCAGCAGAUAUCAGGGAAUGAAACUGUAAUUUUGAAGGGAUAGUGUCAUGGGGGAUUGGCUCAGAAUCGUACCUACCUCUCUUCUCCCUUUGCAGAGUUCAUGUCAUGUUUGGUAUAGUUGUAUCCCCCAGAGCAAUUCUUCAACAUGUGAUUAAAUCCAUUGAGGUCGGUAAUCAAGACUCUUGGGUAAUGUAUACAUGAGCAGAGGAAGGAAACGCUUAAGAGAAUUGGUUUGUUUCAAGAGUCCAAGAGGUGGGGAUCAGUAGUAAAUUUUAAAGUGUAGCAAAUGAGAGACCUUGAUUGCCAAAUGUAAGAAAAAAAUCCCCAAGCUUUCACUAGAAUGAUUGAUUGAAAUGCACACUGCCAGGAGCCUGUAGCCCUCAGCAGUGUCGGGUUUUGUCUGUAUUUUUUAUACUGGAAUCCUUUGGUAACUCAUCCUCAUUUAGUUCAUAUCAGAUUAACCUCUUGGGAGCGGGAACUAUGUAACUGUUGAGAUGUGGGCUGGUUACCAGGAGAAACACUAGGGGGUGACUAACUUCAGACAAGAGAACUCUGAGCUCCUAAAAGGGAAGAAGAGUAUUGGGUCUUGUCUUUAAAGUCAGCCAAUUAUUUGAAGUGCUUAAAUCUCUGUGGCAGCUGUAUGUCUUCAGGAGGGGCAUUUGCAGACAGGAUUGCAAUAGCUAGAGUUUCCUCCAUUACCCUGUCUCAAUUAACCCAUAUCUGGUACUCUGGUAAAUGCUGCUCUGGAGCAGGAGGCUCUAGAACGGCCUCCGUGGGAUUGUUGGCAUUUAUGAAAGUCAGAUGCGCAGGUCAGGCACUAGACUGCUGGUCCCAUGCUUUCAGUGCAGUAGUCUUCUCUGCUAGUGGCCAAAGCUAGAGUCUGCCCCCUGCUGCAGCUAUAAAGGAGCUCUUGGGGUGGGAAUUAAAUACUCCCCACACACACCCCUUCAGCCCUGCUUGCACACAGUGAUCUCCCCUGGCCUCUGUCAGCUUUGUGUUGUGAACCUGCCUGGCACAGGGAGCACUGUUUCUCUUAUACCAUGUGAGCAGCAGUUUAGGGUGACCACGUGCUGUUGUCGAGGUGCCUGCCACCCACAAAGUGACCAAAGAUCAUUCUGACAUUCCUCAGCACCUGGAACUGGCCAGUAUUGAUGCAUUUUUGUUGUGAAUGAGACAUUCCCAGCUGGACAAAAGCAGGGAACUUCAUUACCUCUCCAUGCUAGGACCAACUUGUAUCUGCAGUGCUCAGGGGAACAGCAGAGGAGUGGCCAAGCCAGGCAAAUCAAUAAAAUAAGUUAAAGCA